UUAUUGCAAAAUUUAUAUACAAAAUUACAUACACAUAAAAAUUUACAAUUAUUACAGUGGGUCUGAAAAUUACCUACUAUCAUAGUUGUAAUUUUACACACAUUUUUUACAGUGUAGAUUAUAUCACAAAAGAUUUUUUAAACCUUAAAACUUUUAUUUGAAACAUGUUCUGUGAAAAAAUGUAUUAUUUUAAAAAUAUUCUGGUGUCACAGUACUUUUUGUACACCCUGUGUAUAUUACGUGCUUGAAUGCGUGCAUAUAUAUGUUUGAUGUGUGUAGAUAUGUUUGAGAAUGCGAUAUAUAAAGUCAGCACAUGCAAUGCACGAGGAGGCAGUGUAAGGCGGUAACUGCGAGGUAGUGUUGAUGGAGCCGUGAUUUCACGUCAAUGUCAGAAUGGACGCCACUAAGAAACCUAACAAUCCGAAUCCACGGGCGUCUGCGAAUCCAAUCAGUAAAUUGUUCUUCUGGGAGCAAGGAUCAUGUGGCUGAUGAGAAGUAAGAAGUCGGUCAAAAUUCUUCGCAUCAUAAUUCGCAACGAUCUAAUGCAAACUUAUGCUGUAAGAUAAAAUUAUAAGAGAAUUAAGCCAGUUAUAAAAGAAAGGUGGUUAACAGGAAUAUUCUGGUAUGGGAAGGAUCAUAACUUGGAAAUGAAAAAUAUGUACAAUAUUAUGCCGGCUGAUGAUAGCGAACUUUUGGGAAACAAACUGGAAGAAAAUUGGAAAAAUGAAGUGCAUCACGCUAAGAAGGACGACAGAAAGCCGAAAUUUUUUACAGCUUUGAAAAAGACAUUUAUAUGGUCAUUUUUUUAUUAUGGAGGAUGGAUUUUGAUGUUAUCUUGUAUUGUGAGAGUUGCACAAAUAUAUGUUUUGGGUCUGCUUAUUUGGCAUUUUGAUCCAAGAGCAAUCUCUACUCAGGAGAAAGCGUAUUUAUACGCAUCCAGCAUAAUUUUCUUAGGAAUAUUGUCUAUUAUGCUCUCUCAUCAUUCGAAUCUAGGCUUAUUGGAGAUUGGAAUGCGAGUGAGAAUAGCGAGCUCCUCUUUGAUGUAUAGGAAGAUAUUACGCUUAUCCAGCUCUACAAUCACUACUUCAGGACAAAUUGUUAAUCUUUUAUCGAACGACAUGUCAAAAUUUGAGCAACUAUUUACAACAUUACAUUACAUUUGGAUCCUACCUAUACAAGGAUCCAUAAUUACAUUUUUGAUAUGGCAAAGCGUUGGCGUCGCAUCAUUAGCCGGCGUACUUCUCAUAGUAAUUCAGACUAUUCCUCUUCAAGGAUACAUAAGCAGAUGGACUUCAAAGUUACGUACAAAAAUUGCAACAAGAACCGAUGAGAGAGUCCGUUUGAUGUCUGAGAUACUCAGAGGCAUACAAGUUAUUAAAAUGUAUACUUGGGAGAAACCAUUUGAGGAACUAGUUAAUCGCGCAAGAAAAUAUGAAAUCGACGUUCUUACGCUGAUAUCGUAUUUGAGAGGUUUUAUUUUAGCUACGUGUGUUUUCACGGAAAGAACAACAUUAUAUUUUACUAUAAUGGCCUAUGUACUUCAAGGAUAUUCUAUAUCUGCCGAUAAAGUAUUCUCAAUGGCACAGUACUUUAAUAUUCUUCAGCUUACUAUGGCGAUAUUUUAUCCUAUGGCUGUAGCGGCAGCUGCCGAAGCAUCGGUUUCCAUAAAGAGAAUUGAGAAUUUUUUGUUAUUAAACGAAAACGUUCCAUUAACACAAUCUUCAUCAACCGUCAAAGGAAUAAGUAUUUCAAUGAAAAAUUUCAGUGCUUCAUGGACAACUAAAGCAAUUGUAAAUACAUUGCAUAACAUCAACAUUCAAAUUAAAGACGACCAAUUUUGCGCUGUCGUUGGUCCUGUGGGCUCAGGAAAGAGUUCUUUUCUGCAAGCAAUUUUGGGCGAACUAAAAUCAUCGCAAGGUCAAAUACACAUAGGUGGCAAAAUAUCAUAUGCCAGUCAAGAACCCUGGUUGUUCGCAGACACAGUACGAAAUAAUAUUUUGUUUGAUCAACUCUAUGAUAAAAAUAAAUAUCAAAAUGUUGUAAAUAUGUGUGCUCUUACGAAAGAUUUUGAACAACUUCCGUAUGGUGAUAAGACUUUGGUUGGUGACAGAGGUACGGCACUCAGCGGAGGACAACGUGCAAGAAUUAAUUUGGCGAGAGCCGUCUACAGAGACGCUGAUAUUUAUCUUUUUGAUGAUCCUUUAUCAGCUGUUGACACUCACGUUGGCAGACACUUAUUUAACGAAUGUAUGAAUAUUUAUUUGCGAAACAAAACGAGAAUUCUUGUGACUCAUCAAUUGCAGUAUUUGAAACAAUGCGAUUACAUCAUUAUUCUUAAUAAUGGUCAAAUUGAAGACAAAGGUACGUUUGCGGCUCUUCAAGAAAAAUGUGCAGUUUUUUUGGAAAUAUUAAUGAAAGAUGAAAAAGUCAAUGAAAAGACGAGGGAACCAUCAAAAAUUAAUAUAAGUCCUACGCUUAUAAUUCAAAGCGAUGAAAUUAACGAUGAAGAUGCAGAGGAAAUUGAACCGCAAGAAACUGAAGAGCUUCUGGCCAAAGGAAAUUUAUCAAAAUCGCUUUAUUGGAAAUAUUUUCGUAGCGGCGGUUCAUUCAUCAUGAUCAUCAGUGUUCUAUUUUACACGAUUUUGGGACAAAUUGGCACUAAUGGUUCUGACUAUUGGGUUGGUUAUUGGGCGAGACAAGAAGAAAUGCGUAUCAAAGAUAUACGCGAACGAGAGUACGGCUCAGCGAAUAACUUUACAAUGUCCUCUUCUAUACCAAGAUCUACUAGACAAGUAGAAAAUAUGUCAGAGAUUAAUAAAGGAGUCGCAGAAUUUGUAAUGACAACAGGCUAUUAUAGGGAAGAUGUGUUCAACGAUACUAUAAUGUCGCAAAAUUUUACUUUUAAUAAUAUUACUGAAAUUAGAGAUGAAAAUGUAUAUUAUCUCAACACGAAUACAGCUUUAUGGGUUUAUGGAGGUUUUAUCAUUGUCAGCGUUGUGGUAUCGACAGUGCGAAAUCUAAUCUUUCUUAAGAUAUGUAUGAACGCCAGCAAGAAUUUGCAUAACUUCAUGUUUUCAUGCAUACUUAAAGCACCGAUGUCAUUUUUCGAUAACAAUCCGUCCGGACGAAUUUUAAAUCGUUUUUCGAAGGACGUUGGCGCGGUGGAUGAAAUAUUGCCCAGCACUAUGAUAUCAUCUAUUCAAAUGUUUGCAGUGAUGAUUGGAAUUUUAGUGCAAGUACUUAUUAUUAACUGGUGGCUCAUAUUCGCUGUAAUUAUUAUGUUUUUUUUGUUUGGUAUGAUAAGAAGAAUCUAUCUUCCAGUAGCACAAACUACAAAACGAUUAGAAGGAGUUGCAAAAAGUCCCAUGUUUUCGCACGUAAACUCUACGUUAUCGGGUCUGACGACAAUACGUUCUGUUGGCGCUCAGGAAAUGAUUCGAAAGCAAUUCGAGGAACAUCAAAAUUUACAUACUAGCACUUACUCAUUAAUUAUCGCAAGUGGUACGAUGUUCGGUUUCGUACUAGAUAUAGUGUCCAUUGGAUUUAUCGCCAUCGUUACGUACAGUUUUGUCGCGUUGGACAAUGGAAAUACUUUCGCUGGCAAUGUUGGUUUGGCGCUCUCACAAGUGCUUAUUUUAUGCAAUAUGGUGCAACAUGGAAUGCGUCAAACCGCCGAAGCAAUCACACAGAUGACGAGCGUAGAGAGGAUAAUGCAAUUCACUGAACUUGAGAAAGAAGGCCCGUUCGAGAGUAAUCCCACAGACAAACCAUCAAGCAAUUGGCCUUCUAAGGGAGAAAUUAAAUUCGAUCGUAUUUAUCUUCGAUAUUCGGAUCCCGACCCGCCUGUUCUCAAAUCUUUAAGUUUUAACAUCGAACCCGGCAUGAAAAUCGGAAUUGCGGGUCGUACUGGGGCUGGGAAAUCGUCUCUGAUCGCCGCGUUGUUUCGUAUGGUGAAAAUUGAUGGUGCUAUCUACAUCGACCAUAUUGACACGAAAAAAAUUGGUCUUCAUGAUUUGAGAAGUAAAAUCUCCAUAAUACCGCAGGAACCGAUGUUAUUUUCCGCUACACUUCGCGAUAAUCUUGAUCCUUUUCACAAGUUCCAUGAUGCCAAUCUGUGGAGCGCCUUAGAAGAAGUAAAAUUGAAACAUAUGGUGGACUCUUUGGAUCAUCAUGUUGAGCAAGGCGGCAGUAACUUCAGUGUCGGAGAACGUCAGCUGGUUUGCCUAGCGCGCGCGAUUCUGCAGGAUAAUAAGAUACUCAUACUUGAUGAAGCUACCGCCAACGUAGAUUUUAUUACGGACGCGUUCAUACAAACCACAAUACGAAAGAAAUUUGGAGACCGUACGGUGUUGACUAUAGCGCACAGAUUGAACACGAUAAUGGAUAGCGAUAAAGUAUUGAUAAUGGAUGAAGGUCAAGUGAUAGAAUUUGAUCAUCCAUAUAUUUUGUUACAAAAUGAAGAAGGUUACCUCACUAUCAUGGUGCAAGAAACUGGAAAAACGAUGGCCGAACAACUUAAACAAUGCGCCAAAGAGGCUUAUGAACGACAAUAUGGACUGAAAUCAUUGUCAUGAUUUUUUUCUGGAGAUACGUUACAAAUUUCUUCUGGAAAAACAUUAACAAACGAACAAA